ACUGAUUCGAUUUGCAAAGUGCAGUUCGAACACUAUUUUUUAUGAUGUUAUAACCUGAAUAAAAAGUACGUUUUGUCUUUGAAAAAUAUAUACAUAUAUUUUUCUUAUAAAUUGCUGAAUAUAAUUCAGUUAAAUUCUUGAAUAUCUUAACUAGCAUAUUGUUGUACCAGAAUUAUUUGUUGAAUUCAUACGUGUCUGUACAUUAAAAAGAAUGUAUACAAUAGUAAUAUUUAUUUAAUUAAAAAAAAAAUAACUUUUUAAACAUGAUAUUGCUAGAAGAAGUUUAUAAUAUAACGUUUUCUCCAUUGGUUACAACAUUAUUUGCAGUACAAUGGACGUCGAAUAAUUGUAUUUGUGUUAUUACAGAAAGAGGUAUUCAUGUAUUUGAAUUAAUACCUUCUCCGAUGAGUCCUCAACCAAAUAUCAAAUUUUCACGAUCUUUUAUAUAUGCUUCUGAUAUUUUACCUGCAUAUGCAUUUAUAAAUGAAGUAACUUCAUUAACAUGGAAUACAAAACGCAGAGAAGUAUAUUCACUUUUAAUGGAAGCUGCUUUAGCACCUAAGAUCAGUGAUGCGACUAAUAUAUUACCAAAGAUAAUUCAUGCAUCUUGGUCACCAGAAAAUUUAAUCCAUCCUAGUAAAUGCAUGCUUGCAAUUAUAACUUCCGUUGGUGCUGUUGAACUUUUGUAUCAAGAAUUAAGAAAUUGGUUUUCUAUAUGUGAUAUUUCAUCUAUAUGGUUAAAAACUCUUGAAGAUAAUAUUAAAUCUGAUUUUGAUAAUUGUAAAAAUGAAGAAUUACGUUUUACAAAGAUACAAGAAAAUCUUAGGCAAUUGCAAGCUUGUGCGAUGACAUGGAGUGAAUUAUUUAAAUUAGAAGACACUUACUAUGCAUAUUUUGUAACUGCUUUUCGCAGUUCAGACAUAGUGAUUUGGAAAAUACAUAAAGUAUCUGAUUCCACUAAAAAUAUGAAACCAAUUAUAACAUCUAGGAUAAAUUUAAAUAUGAAUACAAAAAUUAAUGUAUUGUUGUGGUGUACUUUAAAACCUAAUACAUAUUUAAUUAUUAUUGGAUGUUGUAAUGGCCAAAUACAAGGUGUCCUGUAUAGCAAUAAUAAUAAUUGUUUAGAAAAUAUGUCAAUAGAAAAAUAUUAUACGUAUCCAGAUCGUGUCUCAGUGAAUUCUUUACUUAUGGUUUCACAGAAUGAAAAUGGAAUACAAUUUAUUGCUUGUAAAGGUUUCUUUCUCCUAUUAUUUGGGUUGACUAUAAAGGGUAAAUUAAUGUAUACACAUUAUUUACAAAUAGAAGGAUUUACAAUUUCAGGAAUCUCUGUUAUUGCAUCUGAACGUAUUUUAAUUACAACACAAAAUGGUAUGAUUUAUGCUUUUGAUACACGAGAAAAUAACUUAAAAAGCAUUUCAAUCAAACAUAAGUUACCUCAGACACGUGUUCAAUAUUUGGGUCUUGCCUGCUCUCCUAAUCGUACUAUGCUAGUUUGUGUAACUAGUCCUAAUAGUACGUACGAUCAUUUAAUAACAAGAGAACCAAGUGUAUUAUACAUAUUAUCUUUAGAUGGAGAAGAAUGGGAACCAAUUAAUAUAAUAAAAAAUUAUAAACAUAUAAAUUCUAACUUUCCUUGGGAUUGUUUAGAAUUAAUUAGACUUAAAGCUGCAAAAGUUUCAGAUCCAAUGAUUAUAUUACCUAAGGUGCCACAAAAUUUAGAAUCACUUAAAUUAUAUGAAUUAAGGAUAUCAAUGUGGCUAUCACUUAUAACUGAAGUAUUAACAAAAAAAAAAAUGAUUCAAAGAAUUGAAAAUAUAGGUGAGAUAGCAGAAGCUCAACCGCUAAUUUUUAUACAUUGUGUAUGUGCAUAUCUCGAUCGUUUAACAAAUAAAACACAUUUAUCAAAUGAUCAAGAAUUAUCUGCAAGUCUAUUAAGAAUGUGUUUAGAAAUAUAUCUUGCUGGUGAAGAUACUGAAGAAGAAACAGUUACAACUCAAUACGCGCGUGAAGCAUUAAAUAAAACGUCUCAUUUCAAAUUAAAAGUGGAAUCAUGUAAUCUAUGUGGACAAAUUAUUAGUGAUUUAUCUUGGAACACUACAAAAUGUCCAUCAGGGCAUAAGCUACCCAGAUGUGCUUUAACUCUUCUUCAAAUUACAACAGUUCAAUAUCGAUCUUGUCCAAUAUGUGGGCAACUGUAUCACCUCUGUUUAGAUGAAGAAUAUGAAGAAGUACGAUGUCUGUUUUGUAAUAUACCUGUUUUAUAUGAUAGUCGUGUAGUAGAUAUACAAAAUUCAGAAUUAUAUGCAAGAAAUUUGUCAAAACCACAAGUGUCUUUAGUAGAAUUAACACAAAAUCAAGAUUCUGAAAUGUCUGAAAACUUUUCAUACACAGAAGAACACCAAACUGAAACACCAUCUUAUUCAGUGAUUGUUAAUUAUGAUAAGGAUGAAUCUUGUAAUAUCACUGAAACUUGGAGAGAAUUUUGAAUAUUAUUAUAUAAUAGUAUUAAUAAAAUAAAAAUAAUUUAUAUUUAUCAAUA